GCGCUGCUCAGACUCGCCCAUAAAGUCGGAUCCCCCGCACAGCGCCGCAGCACACCGGCCGCAACAUGCACAGCACCGGGCAGCAGUGCCCCGCACAGGGCUACCUGCAGGGGUUCCGGCACUUCGCCACCGAGGCCAUCCACGCAGGGCAGGAGCCGGAGCAGUGGAACUCCCGGGCGGUGGUGCCCCCCAUCUCCCUCUCCACCACCUUCAAGCAGGACGGCCCGGGGGAGCAUGCGGGCUAUGAAUACAGUCGCAGCGGGAACCCGACAAGGAACUGUCUGGAGAAAGCCGUCGCUGUCCUUGAUGGCGCCAAAUACUGUUUAGCCUACGCUUCUGGCCUGGCUGCAACGCUCAACGUCGCCCAUCUCCUGAAAGCCGGGGAUGAGAUCAUCUGCACCACAGAUGUCUAUGGAGGCACAAACAGAUAUUUUAGGAAAAUUGCUUCAGAAAUGGGCCUAAAAGCUAAAUUUGUGAACUGCUCAGACCUAAAAUGUUUGGAAGCCGCAAUCACCUCAGAUACCAAGCUGGUGUGGGUUGAAACCCCAACAAACCCAACGCUAACGGUUAUUGACAUUAAGGGGUGUGCCGACAUCGUUCACAAGCAUAAAGAUAUUCUCCUAGCGGUUGAUAACACAUUUAUGUCGGCAUAUUUCCAACGGCCGUUGGCCCUUGGAGCGGACAUCUGUAUGUAUUCAGCAACCAAGUAUAUGAACGGCCAUAGCGAUGUCGUCAUGGGUCUGGUAUCGGUCAACACUGAUGAACUCAACGAAAGGCUUAAAUUUCUUCAGAAUGCUCUUGGUGCCAUUCCAUCCCCGUUUGAUUGCUAUCUCUGCAACCGGGGAUUGAAGACUUUACACCUCCGCAUGAAGCAGCAUUUCCACAACGCGCUGGCAGCGGCCAUGUUUCUGGAGAAAGAUCCUCGUGUUGACAAAGUAAUCUUCCCAGGUCUGCCUUCUCACCCACAAUAUGAGCUCACCAAGCGGCAAUGCACUGGAGUCCCCGGGAUGGUUACUUUCUACAUUAAAGGCGGCUUGGAACAUGCUACGAUCUUCCUCAAGAGUCUGAAGGUGUUUGCACUUGCUGAAAGCCUUGGCGGAUAUGAAAGUUUGGCUGAGCAUCCGGUGAUUAUGACUCACGCCUCGGUGCCUGAAGAGGACCGCGUGCUCCUGAACAUCAGCGACAGCCUUAUCCGGCUUUCCAUUGGGUUAGAGGACACGGAGGAUAUCAUAGAGGAUUUGGAUCAAGCCUUGAGGGUCGUGCACCCGGAUCUGAUUAACCCCACAAAGGUCAAGGACUUGUUGGAGCAUUUGAAGAGCAACUGUUAGACAUCAGGUUUCCACGUCCCCUGACCACCGUCUCAGUAAUAUUUAAAAUAAAGUGUGAUCUGUCACCGGGCACAUAAGUGUCAUCUAUUAAAUUUUAUUUUCUUAAAUUAAAAAAACAUGACGCAACGCCUUGAAGAUCUGGACAUUGUCUAUAAUCCGCUGACCAAAGUGCUCACCUAGCCUCCGACUGGCGCCAAUGUUCUUCUUGCAAUAAAUCUCAUACUGUCUUUGUA